AUGUCAACUAUUCAUGAUAUGCGAGUGACAGCGAAGGAGAAAGAUCACCGGAAGAAAUGCGGGGAAUCUCGAUUGCCUGCUAUCUACGAUCCGAAAGUUGUGCAAAAAAAGACGAAAAAACGAAUCGCCACGACUCUGGCAAAUCCAGCGGAGCCUGCGCCUGAAGAACCGACGAGCCCGCGAGACGAGUUAGCUACUUCUAACUCUUGGGCUCCUGAGCCAUCGUGUGACUCCAUAGGAGGCCUUUCGUCUGCUUGGAAGACUGAUUGUCAAUCAGCGCGGGCCCGUUGGGGCUACAACAAACGCCUUAGGAACAUACGCGAAGCUCAUGGAGGCAUAACAUCUGUCAACUCGUCAGAGGAGGUCAAACUUGACCAUAGAGUGACCGAACUCAUGGACAUGUGCCUGGAUGUUGUCGAAAAGCAGAAGCGACGAUGGGACCAAGUUAGAGGAGCUCUCACCCAACUGGCCAGACGCACUGACUCUUCGGAGGCAGUUCGAAUAGUCGACGGUCUUGUGGCGGAUCUCGGUGAUACUCUGAAUGCCGAGUCGGGGAUCGUUCGCCUGAGCAGGAAGGUGAAAAGCCUCGAGACUGAGCUGACUGUGACCAAGAUAGAGCUGCAUAACAGAACUAAGGAAUGCGAAAUGUUACAGCGACGGGUUAAUACGAAUGCCCACAGGUACAAGCAGUUGUCCAAGAACGUCGAUACAUUGCAGCGUGAAAUCGCUAUUGCGACCAAGGAACGGAAAGCAGCACAAGGGAGUAAGACCCAGCUCAACACCGCCGUCCCAGACGAUAAAGGCGCCCAUGCAAAGCGGGCCCGCUACCUUUCUAAUCAGCUCGCCCUCACUAUGCAACAACUGACAGCACUUGAGAGGCAGAAGAAAUGGUGGAUGGCGAAGAGUGCGGUUCUGGAAGCAGAAACUAUGUCACUUAUCACCUAUCAUCAAAAGGCUCCGAUAGCACUCAUGAACGACGAUGCCCGGUCGAAGCUCAUUCAGCUCGUGUGGAAAGUUAUGAACGAAAACCCGCUGGAGAAUGGAUAUAGUUUUGUGAAUACGGCGUCCCAGUUGAAGAGUAUGCUCGGCGAGGCCUUUGGUAAAAAGGUGACGAAGCUACCUCAGAUAACGCCGUAUCGUCAGCGCGGUGCAACAAUGAUCACAACGUUCACGGCUAACCGCUUGCCGAUUCCGAAGGGUUAUAUGGUUUUGUCUCAAGAACAAACUGACUUCCUGACAAUGGUUGCAUCGACUCGUGGGAGGUGUACUCUGCCUUAUCUGUGUGAUUCGGACUGUGUGUCAACCGAGCAAGGCAGGCAGGAGUGUAUCACGGCACUGGGCACUGAAUUCUGGGCACAACAGAGAUACGCAAACGCGAUUGGCAAAGCCUUCACUCGGUUAAAGGAACUAUUCGAGGUUCGGGCGUUGGAUCAUCUGAUUAAAACACUCAUUAACAUAAGCUGCGAAGCGCUCGACUGUGAUCGCGGCUCCCUGUGGGUUGUCGAUGCAAGGCAGAACGUCAUGUGGACGUACGUGCAGAACGCGUAUGGGAAUGAAUUCACGAAGCUGGAGAUGGAAUUGCCGAAGCGUGGUACUGACCCCUAUGCGGAGAAUAUUGGUCUGGUGGCGAGCGCUUACCUUCUGAAGCAACCCAUAAGUAUAUACAAUGCAUAUGAGGACAAGCGAUUCAAUAGCAGUGCCAAUGUGAUCGAUACCAAGGUUCAAGUAGUAAACAAACGUCGUGAACCAGUCUUCGACCAGGACGAUGAAGCCCUUUUGAAGAACAUCGCGGUCCUCGGGCUCGAGAUGAUCAUGAUAUUCGAGAAGUCGGCCGUAAGUGGAUUCUCGAUGAAGCGUCAGAGUUAUCUGCUGCAAUUCGCUACUGAGAUCAUGCAGUACUGUGCAGACCCGAAUACGUUGCUGGGGCUGUUAACAUUGUAUAUGAACGAGUUGUUCCAAGCAAAGAAGGUCGCUCUUCACAUCGUUGUCGGUGACAUGACUGCGCAAAUUGUACAUGGUGGAGCUCAGCCUAAGAAUACACAUGGGAGUCCGACGCCUACACGUGUUAUUCCGGAUCAGAAACAGUUGGAGAAAAAUUUGAAACCACACCUUGGUGAAAUGACAGGAAUUGUGGGAGAGACGGUGAACUCGAAGAGCCCGCUUACGUUUUCCUUCCCGGCUGGCGAUGAGCUCAAGUCAGCCUCAGCGAAAAAUGAUCCGCUCAGGGGAAUCUAUGAUGAAUCGGUCGACCUGUCACCACCUGAUAAUAAUGAUCUUUAUGCACGUAGGGAUAGUCAAAAGAAAAGAUAUGUGCUUCAUUCGUAUCCUUUGUUCGACAAGAGAUCGGUCACGGCAGUUCUCCAAUUCGUGUGUGUUGAUGGCAAGAAAACUAGCUUUGGAAAUGACGAGGAAUUCGACCCCUAUAAUGUUAGCCAUACUAAAGUUUUGAAACAGAUAUGCAACUACAUUGUUGUUGUGAUGAGAGAUUGGUACACUUCAGCUGAGCGUAAGGAUCUCCAUGAACGCUGGGCUAAGGCUGCGAGGACCAAGAGCCCUGCAGAUAUAGCGAUGGCUGCAUUUAUUCUCGGGAAGUAUAACAACAAUGUUGGGGGCGCAAAUUCUGAAAAAACUGUCAACGGGGGUACUGGAGUGAGGAAGAGCUCACGAGAGGAGGGGCAGAAGGCUCCUUCUGGUAAGGCUCAAGGUGGAGGGUCGCUGUGGGGACUCACAGAAGGGGAGAGGCAGAGCGAUUGGAAAAACGCUGAACCUGGAUGGGAAGUGCGCAAUUUGUCUACGAUCUACCAAGCGUCGUUUGAGGCGGGUCUUAUCAGCGCUCAGGUAAGGUAUUUCUGUGGCGAUUACACCAGUCAUGAUGUUGUUCAUCGUAAUACAGCGUUUGUACACCCGUCGGAUAGGAAGCUUAUCGAUAAGCGUGAACUACUAGAAGCGCAGUUAUCCGAAGAGGUGGCGACCCGACGAAGAAUAGAAGCUCAUCCGAAAAGUGUCGUGCUGGGGUUUGGUGCAUGCCUGGAUGGAGUUACUCGUGGAGUGGAUCUACUCAGGGAGCUGCACAUAGAGCCUUCUGAGCACCCCCAGGAUCAUGAUGUUAUUUCCAGUCGGAAGGACUUGGCCGAGACUUUUCACUAUUUUUUUGAACAUGGAGCUGCGGCUGAGCGCUACGUCUCAAACAGGACACUCUUUGAUGAACUGGUCACUGCAGUGCGGAGUUUUGGUGAUCAUUAUGGGACUUUCUGGAGAUUCGGUGGCAACGCUCCACAUAUGGGGUGUAGGAUCAAGUUGGAGGGUCAUGAUGUUCUGCUGGGCGCACAUGUCUCGAAAGAGCUCCGGGAUCAGUUUGCCGUGCCCUUGCCGAUAGCAGGAGGUUUGGCAUCAGCAUCAACGGAAGGAAGCGGUGACGAUAUUCACAUCAUUUUGGAAAGCAUUUCUGAUGAGACUUGGGGUUCCGACACCUGUCCGAGGGCGAACCGUCUAGCUCUUCAUAGCGAUAUUCACUCACCGUAUCUGCGCGGUAUAGAGGAGAUCCAGGAGGAAAUCGGCUCGGGCGCAUUUAAGCCCGACGCCUUGGUCCUGGGGGCUUUCCAAAUGAUGGAUGGGUUUCCGUUCCCAACAGAAGGGGAGCGGCUAGAUCGACUUGAGCGGGCUCGACAGCUGAUUGAUGCACAGGGCCCUUCCGUAAAGGUCCACGUUGAACUCGCUAGUUUCGCCAAUUCUCAGUUCAUGAGAGAGUUGUAUGAUACCGGUAUGCUGACUAGAGUCGAUAGUCUUGGGAUGAACGAACAGGAGCUAACUACAUUCACGGACUGGCUGGGGAAGUCGUCGUCUACGAGUGAUGGGAGUCUCAUCCGCGCUUCGGAGUCUCGUCCCAAAGUUCGAAACGUUUUGGAUGCGUUACGAAGCCUUUGGAAACUGAUUGAGGAAGUGAAUGAGAAGACGAACUCCACGAGGCAGGUUUCUCGUAUACACGUUCACACUCUAGCUUUCCAAGCUGUUUUGGUCAAGACAGAUGCCUGGAACAGAACAGCAGAAGCGAUGAGUAAAGCGAGUCUUAUCGCGUUCAAGCAUGUGUGUGGUUUCAACACUGACGAUGAUAUAGACCUGAACAAGGGAAAGGUUCUGUUGUAUGAUACGUUCGUCGAUAGUGAAGAUGAAGACCUUGCGCAGAGGAGGGAUGUGCUGAAAACUAGGCACCAUAAUGGGGUGGUUUGCUGGGAUGAUACUCGCGAUCAAGAAUCCACCGAUAAGGUUACCAUGUGCCUGAGUCCAAACAUUGUAUGUACGGAACCUGUAGCAACGAUUGCAGCGGGCGAUAACAUCUCAGGAGCCGCUAUCGCGGUAUGCCGAUAUCUCGGUUCAGAACUGCGUCUCGACCUGCCUGGCAAUUUCUAUCGUGAAUGGUCGGGCAAGCCUAGCCAGUCUCUCAUCUACCUCUACGUCAGCUAUAAGGAUCGAAUUGAACCGCCUGACGAAUUCGUUGAAGAUGCAGCCCCUGGCAGGCCAUAUCGCGGAUUCGGGCCUUCAGAAACAGCUGCUCAUGCCGCGGAGCAGUACUGGAGAGCUAGGAAGUUCGAUACUCUCCUUUAUCGCACAGUUGCUAGUCGAUCUGCAAAAAUUUCCUACCGUCUUCUCCGAUACGAGGACUCUGCGAUCGUCUUUGUUGUCGCUCACGAGGCCCUACAUGUCCACCUGCGCAAGUCGGGUAUCAAAAUCCCGUACGACUACGAAGAGGCUCUAGCCGACUGGGUUGGGUUGCAAGUUGUGUUGGGCUUUUCCAAAUGCAGAAACGAGCUCCGUGAGGCUGUCACUCUCGACGCCGAUGAGGCUGUGAGAUUCGUCGACCGUAUGGAAAAGUUUCACUCGCUGAUAUGCGAAGUUCUACAGGGAGAAGCUGCCUCAUUAGCCAGGAUCCAAGAUGCCUGGGACCGAGCCAUCGCUGCGGAACACACAAUCUCGGCCAAGGUGUAUCGUUUCGGUUUCUCUGUCUUCAACAAAGCGUUUUUGCUCCGGUACAGUGCUUACUGCGCGAAGUACUUCCAUUUGAAAUCAGUUUUAUGUGAAUCUGGUGGGGAAUUUAACCCCGCUUUUGAGAACCUGCACCGUUGGUUGAAGAAGAUUCCAGACAACAUAGGAUCGCUGGGCUAG